GGAGAAGCCCCAAAGAGAAACAGAGAUGGCCAAAUUGACAGAGUCGAUGACCAACGUCCUGGAAGAAGACUCAAUGGAGCAGGACAUCGAGAGCCCUGUCACUAUCCAUCAACCAAAGUUACCCAAACAAGCGAGAGAGGAUCUGCCAAAAAACAUCAGCAAAGAAUGUGCCAAGAGAAAAAUCCAGAGGUACGUUCGGAAAGAUGGGAAAUGCAACGUCCACCACGGGAAUGUCAGAGAGACUUACCGGUACUUGACUGACAUCUUCACCACCCUGGUGGAUCUCAAGUGGAGGUUCAACCUGUUGAUCUUUGUCAUGGUUUACACGGUGACCUGGCUCUUCUUCGGCAUGAUCUGGUGGCUCAUUGCCUACAUGCGAGGGGACAUGGAUCACAUAGGGGACAGCACGUGGACCCCCUGCGUCAGCAACCUCAAUGGGUUUGUCUCAGCCUUUUUAUUCUCAAUCGAGACCGAAACCACCAUUGGGUACGGUUACCGGGUCAUCACGGACAAGUGUCCCGAGGGAAUUAUCCUGCUUUUAGUGCAGUCUGUCCUAGGUUCUAUCGUCAACGCCUUCAUGGUUGGCUGCAUGUUUGUGAAAAUAUCCCAACCCAAGAAGAGGGCAGAAACCUUGGUUUUUUCUACAAACGCAGUCAUUUCCAUGCGGGAUGGAAAGCUGUGUCUGAUGUUCCGAGUAGGAGACCUUAGGAAUUCACACAUUGUAGAGGCAUCAAUACGAGCCAAGUUGAUCAAAUCCAAACAGACAAAGGAGGGGGAAUUUAUACCACUCAACCAGACAGAUAUCAACGUAGGUUAUUACACAGGGGAUGAUCGUCUCUUUUUGGUUUCACCACUGAUCAUCAGCCAUGAGAUUAACCAGCAGAGUCCUUUCUGGGAGAUUUCCAAAGCCCAGUUGCCCAAAGAGGAGCUAGAAAUUGUUGUAAUCCUAGAAGGAAUGGUGGAGGCAACAGGGAUGACCUGCCAGGCUCGCAGCUCCUACAUCACGAGUGAGAUCCUCUGGGGCUACCGCUUCACCCCCGUCCUCACGCUGGAGGACGGCUUUUAUGAGGUUGACUACAACAGCUUUCAUGAAACCUACGAGACCAACACCCCCGUUUACAGUGCCAAAGAGCUGGCAGAGAUGGCCAGCCGAGCAGAACUGCCCCUGACCUGGUCUGUUUCCAGCAAGCUGGACCAACACGCCGAGCUGGAAACGGAGGAGGAGGAAAAGAACCAAGAAGACCAAAACGAAAGAAACGGAGACGUGGCCAACCUGGAGAAUGAGUCCAAAGUGUAGAACCAGGGGAGAAAUAAAGGCCACUCCACCUCCUUUAUCUCCUUCCUCUCUGCUCCCUGUUUCUUUCUGCGACACGCCUUUAAUAUUUUUCUUUUCCUGUUACUGGUAAAUCACGGAAAAUAAACUUUAGACGCAGAAUUCCAAUUUCGACCCAAGAGAUUCCCAGACUAAGCAAAGGCGUGAGUUAAAGCUGCAACACCCAUCAGGGAGGGUGGAAUCUCCCCCUGGCAGUGACUGAUGGCACCUCUCCAGUGCAGACCUCCAGGUUUAUCCACAUCAACAACACAAAAACCAAUCCCUGAACGCGAAGGAAAUGUAUGCAAGGGAUUUAAAAGGAGAGACUAAUUAAUGUUCAUCAAAGCCAAGGGGCCAAGUCCUCCUUGGACUGAGGAUUUUAUGUAUUUCAGGACACUUUCACAGACUGGGUGACAGUGGAAUGGGCCUUGCAGCUUUAAAAGGAAGGUGAGCAGAGGGACCUGCAAUCCCACACGACCCUGUACAUAUGCCUUAUGUAACUAUUUCUCUCUACAUUUAGUAAUAAACGCCGCAUGUACAAAAGUA